GGAAGAGCAGUCGAUUUAACUAGCGCCACAGGUGGCGGACGAGGGGUAGGAGUUGGAGGACCAGGCCCGGGAUGGACAAGCUGAAGAAGGUGCUGAGCGGGCAGGACGCCGAGGACCGGGGCGGCCUUUCCGAGGUUGUUGAGACAUCCUCAUUAAGCUGGGGUACCAGGAUAAAAGGCUUCAUUGCAUGUUUUGCUGCAGGAAUUCUCUGUUCACUGCUGGGUACUCUUCUGCUGUGGGUGCCGAGGAAGGGACUAGUCCUCUUCAUAGUGUUUUAUACCUUUGGUAACAUCGCAUCACUUGGAAGCACCAUCUUCCUCAUGGGACCAAUGAAACAGCUAAAGCGAAUGUUUGAGCCUACGCGUUUGAUAGCAACAAUCAUGAUGCUGUUGUGUUUGGUACUUACCCUGUGUUCUGCCUUUUGGUGGCAUAAUAAAGGACUUGCCCUCAUAUUCUGCAUUUUGCAGUCUCUGGCCAUGACGUGGUAUAGCCUUUCCUUCAUACCAUUUGCAAGGGAUGCUGUGAAGAAGUGUUUCACUACGUGUCUUGCAUAACACCCAGCCAGUUUUGCAAAGCUUUGGAAAGCACUAUGGAUGGAUGCUGGUGGACAG